CAUUUCGCCUGCAAAAACGAUCACUAUGAAAAAGAAACGGCGGAUUAUACACUUUGAACCGUCAUUCUCUAGUAAUCAAACAAAUAGCAAUGUCACAUUUCAGAGCGAUUUAAAACAUGCCAAUCACCAACAGCGUCAAAAUCAUAAAAAUAUCUUAUCUUAUAUUUGUACUUUGUGUAAGACUGAGGCAAGAUUCGCUGGAAGCAGUGCUAUUAGAAAUAUCCUAUCCGCAGGUAAUCACAAUAAGCAAACGCAAGUUAUCAAUGUCACCACCACAACACCUAUAUCUGUGACACAAACACCCGAAGUAUCUGGUAAAGGAUCAGUAUCGAUUCAAAACCAAAAUUUUGCUGAUAGCAAUAAACCAAAGAAAAAAAAAGCAGAAAACUCAGCUUCAACAAUUAUUAGCCGAGGAAAAAAGGAAGAAAGAUGA